CCUCACUGCUGCUGCUGCUGUUGCUGUGGUCAGUUUAUUUAUUUUAUUUAUUUGUUAACCUUCUGCGAGAUAAACUAACUCCAGCUUACGUUGUGAUUUAUAUGUUAACGCUUGCUCCAGCAGCUUGCGAUCCUGUGUGAUGCUGGCAAGAGAAACGCAUACUACACUAACUGGCAACGUCGCUCCUUCUUAUUUCCUCCCACUACUCUACUCCCUCCACGACCACCAUAACGACCAAACACUGCCAAGUCAUUGUACUUUGCAGUUUACCGUGUUUUUGUUUUCGUGUGCUUCGGUUAAUGCGGUGCUUGAGACGCUUUACUUUCUCAAGUCUUUGCAAAGGAUGCAUGCCCGGUGUUCAACAGCUGUACACUGAUGGGCUCCCUUAACAUGUCGAUAUUUUUACAACUCCUGACUGAAAAGCAUAUACUAGAGUUGUGUACCAACAUGGGGUAGCGAAAUUCAGGGAUCGCGGACAUGUUACCCAGAGUCGUUAAGGUGGGAGAUUUUCGAUAAACACCCACCAGGAAAAUAUCACGAUGCCUUUUCCUUGUUUAAAACCUCGUCGGUCUUCCAAGGUCUUCCCCGCACCGAACGCCAACCUCGAUGUAGAUUUGGUGGAAGUUCGCAAAGGGCGGGUUUUGCGAAUACAGCAUAUCAAUCCACGUAUGCGCAAUAAACAACUUCCGCAAGCAAAACAAAUCAAGAAUUCGUCACUUCCGCCUGUAGAACUUCGUGUGCCACGUGUCAAUUUCUACGGCAACAAAUGUAUCGUUGCCGAUCCUAAUGCAAACCAAAACAACGUUCGGAAUGGAUUCAGCAAGAUGUCUGCUUCUUCAAAUGCUCCUGGGGCUCAGCACAAAAGGCAUAUUCCAUAUGAUGGCAAGGCGAGGUCGAAUGUCCUUUUCUCUGGAUUAUCCAAAGAUCAAAAAAGAAUGCUUUUCAAAAUGGGUAUACGUUCAGCCUCGGCCUUGAAGAAUAUCGUUCUGUUCUUUUUUCAUGGCGUCGGUGGAAGUUCCGAUAUUUGGCAGACACAAAUCAGUUAUUUCUCCAGCCUCGGUUUCGAAAUUGUGGCUCCUGAUCUAAUCGGUCAUGGUAUGAGUGAAAUUCCAUUAAAAAAGAGAGCUUACCAUUUCCGAGAGAUUUUGGCCGAUGUCCUUGCAAUUUUUGACAGAUACUGCAAGAAGAAAAAUUUAAUCAUCGGACAUUCAUAUGGAUGUGCUUUCACCACGGUACUGGCUCGUGAACGAGCCAGGCGUGUCUGGAGGCUUAUCAUGAUAAGUGGUGGUGGACCGAUUCCUCUAGCACCAGAAAUUGGGAUUUUUGCCCUGCCUUUAUGGAUUGUUUCCUGUAUCCGACCAUGCUUGGACCAGGUCUUUGAAAAGUCAGCAUUCAAGACCAAACAAAAAAACGAGAUGUUGAAGAGGGCUUCCUUUAACAUACCGUCUUUUGUUCUGCAUUAUGUCAUCAAUGGUCAAGACUGGCCCGAAGGCGAUGAAGUCUAUCACAGUUGGAUUAGCGUCCCCACACUACUUAUAAACGGUCGAGAUGAUACUUUUGCCACAUUAGAGGAUGCUAAGCUAAUGAAAGCGACUAUCCACGGAUCGAAGCUGGAAAUAGUAGAUGAGGCUAGCCAUAUGGUUAUGUUGGAAGCGCCGGACAAAGUGAAUAAACUUAUUUUGGAAUUUAUUUGCUCACGUGGAUCACAUAAACUGCCAGAUGUAAAAGAAUUGGCUGAAGAAGGAAUAGAAACACCACAAAGAUCAGCGGUGAACGAGAAGCAGUUCGAACCUUCCCAGAAAGGUGAGGAACAAACACCAUCUCCUGAGGCUUACACGCACAAAUGGGCCUCGGUACAUACAGAAGCCACACCGAGGUGUGCGGAAGAGGAACAGGAGGAAGGAAGGAAACACGAGGAAGAAGAAGAAGAAGAAGAAGAAGAAGAAGAAGAAGAUAAUGAGGGUGAAGUAAUUAUCACGAUUCCAUCUAAAGCAAGUCCCAGUCAAAAGGAAGGAAACGCUGCGAGAUAUAGAUGCAGGUUAAAGAAAGGUGUUGUCACUGGUUACGACAAUGCUAGUUAUGAAUAUGAAGAAUCGGAAGGAGGUUAUUAUAUUUAUAAAGACCAAUAUGGUCAGAGUCAUUAUGUGAGUGCAGAAGAGUUCCACGAACUGUUUGAUAAAUCUAACAAGCAAGUAAAUAGCUCGAGCGAAACAAGGAGCGUAAACAAUAUUGAAGUAAAGAACAUGAAUAUACCAUCAUUUGAGGAUAUUAAUAUCUUUGAAAAUUGUAAAGAAUCUUACAUUAAAGAAUCACAACUGAACAACCAAGAGACAAGUAGCACAUGUAAAAACAAAACCAAUGAUAUCAAUAUCUUACCGCACAAACUCUCGCAAAAUACAUUAAAGUCUUCAGACAAUAAGUAUCCAAAGAGUUUGUCUUCUUUUGAUGGGAAAUGUAAAAACGGCGUGAAUAGACAAGAAGUAGAUAUUAACAGUAAACACAGUCAUGGUAACCGUCCAGCAAACACCCAGCCAUCUGUCACGUUAGCCUUGGGACGUCAACGGAGUGACUCACUUGACUAUCUUGGUGAAGAAGAAUUAAUUAUUAUCACCUCGGUAAAAGAGAAAGAAAAGAAUUGUAUGUUUUUGAAAGAUUCUUCCCAUGAAACAGCGUCAAUGAAGAAUGUUUCGCAAAAUUCGAUUCUGAAUAAAAGAUCUGACUACAGUUCACUAAAUAAUUCGAAGUCAAACGAACUUAGCAAUUUGCCUGUUAAUGUUCAGGCAUUACAUUCAGAGUUAGUUCAAAAACUCAACACAAAAUUAAACCCACAGGAGAGAAAAGAUGUUCGGGAACCAAGCGUUGGAAUUAAAGAAACACACAGUAUGGGCUCUAAUGAAGAGUCAGUUGUAAAUCGUAGUGCCUCUUUUUUGGAGUCUAGGAAGCUAAUGGAAGAACAUUUUUCAAAAUCAGCAUUCAGAAUGAGUAUGGGUGCUCGUCCGAUUAUACCACUUCCUGGAGCCCCAAUCUACCCUUACAAAUCAUCUCAAAUCUCCCCAGAGAGACACGAAACUACUAAAUCAACCAGCCCAGAAUAUACUAAGAUUCAAGAGACAAUAAUAGUAGAAAUUCUUCUUUAUGCUAUGCUGAGACAAGCAUUGUCACAAGCAGUCCGUCUUUCCUACAAUCAAAGAAAGCUAUUAAUGAGCAUUUCAGUAAAAUUGGAUUAAGAAGCCCGCAGUUUUCAUCAACUCCUUUAUCUGA